AUGAUGUUCCUCACUUCAAUCGUAAGUGUCAUUCUGCUUCUGAUGCCGAAUGCCGCUCUGGCUUCACCGCUGUCUGCUCGCCUGGCUGCUGGAGGGGGGAAUGGGGUUUUAAAGAAAGCUGGGCCGGCGAUUUGUAUUCGCAAUGAUACUAUUACGGAGGAUGCAUUGUUUGAAAGCAAGUCUACUAACUGGGCUGGUGCCGUUGUCAGCUCCGCCAGGGAUAGCGUUACUGCGGUUCAGGGAUCGUUCACCGUUCCUAAACCCAUUCUGCCUCCUAGAGGUAAUUCCAACGAUCAGUAUUGCGGUGCUGCCUGGGUAGGAAUCGAUGGCGAUACGUGUACGAGCAGUCUGAUCCAGACCGGCGUCUUCUGGUGCAUCCACCAUGGGAUAGUCACCUACGAGGCGUGGUAUGAAUAUAUACCUGCGGCCUCGAUCGCAUACUCUGGCAUCAGUGUAGGCGCUGGAGAUGUUAUCACGGUCGCGGUCACGAGGAAUGGCUUUAACGGCGGGGUUGCGACGCUUGAGAAUACAAGCAGUGGCCAGUCGGCAUCCCAUACUUUCACUAGUGACAGGGAUGGGAACCUGUGCGGUCAAGACGCCGAGUGGAUCGUUGAAGACUUUUCCUCCAACGGGGGUUUAGUACCAUUCGCCAACUUUGGAACAAUUACCUUUACUGAAGCGACCGCGGUUGUAAACGGAGAGACCGUUUCCCCUGGCAGUAGCAAUGCAGAUAAUCUCUACAUUGAUUUUGGAACCGGUAGACAGACUACUACGACCUUCUCGGGAGGCGAAGUGACUGUUGGAUUCGAGGAACGGUAG